UCCCCCCUAAAUCCGCCCCUGGGUAUGCUUAUGUUUUCUAGAUUUACAACAUGGUAACGACAAGACGUACGAGAGUAGCCAGAGGAGCCUCAUAUCACGCGGUGUCUCCAAGAGUAACCAAGUGUCCAAGUGUCGAAGAGCAACCCAGAACGCCAAGAGUAGCUAGAUCGAAAUCCACUAUACAUGUAGCCAGUGUUAGAACCAAGAAAACUACUGCCAAACAGCAGUCCUCAAUUGAACAGAUCCCAGAAUCAGCAUUGAGUGAACUUCAAAAUCUGGAAUUUAAAGCUGCGAUAAAAAGUAGUAAAAGCAAGAAAUCCACUGUUGUUAAGCGUGAGCCAACAGCAACCAUAGAGCAGAUAGGGGACACAGUCAUGAGUCAACUAAUUGAUUUGAAAUGGAAUGUACCCACUUUUACAAAACAUUUGGAAAGUCACAGGCAAAACGUAGCUAAUCUUAUUACUCGUUGUGUUGAAUUGAAAGAGAGCAACUCCAUUUUACUUGAGGGUCCACCUGGAAGUGGCAAGAGAGGAUUAGUAAGAAAUGCAAUCCGAAGUUAUGAGCAAUCUCGGAAAACUAACAACUCCAAAGGUCAACUGAAAUUUGUUCAGCUCGACGGAGAUGUAUUACCAGACGUGAAAAGUUGUCUCAGAGAAAUUUCACGACAGUUGUUGGUGAAUAACCGGAAGCAUGAGCAACUCAUGAUAAAUAUAGCUGAUAUAAAUGAGAACGAAGAAAUUGAUGACGAUAAAAUGGAGGUAGACGGAAGCACUGAUAUGUCUGGGGUUUCUAUGACUGUGGGAAAGAGUCUAUCUUUUGUUCUGAACGCUCUUCAGGAUUCGCGAGACUCGGACGGCAUAGUGUUUGUGCUGCAGUCUUUCGAGAAUUUUGUUCAAUCCAAGAACCAGAUGCUGCUCUAUAAUCUCUUCGAUACCUGCCAAUCAUUCAAGACUCCCCUUCUGGUCAUCGCCCUGUCGGCCAGACUGGACUCUACCGAACUGCUAGAAAAGAGAGUCAAGUCUAGAUUCUCACAUAGGAGUAUUGCACUCUCCCAGGACAUGGCAUUUGACCAGUGGACUGCGUGCGCAAAGGAGCUGCUCACAGUAUCACACUUGUCUAAAUCAGACUCAGUCAGUCGCUCCUGGAACAAGGCAGUUGACACUUUCAUCAAUAGCGACUCCGUUCUUGUCACUUUAGAAUGUCUCUUCCACUCUUUCCCGACAAUCAACUUUCUCAAGUCACUGUUUCAACAGCUCAUCUUCUCCUGUGAUUUCGAUAAACAUUUUGACCUCACAAAAUGUGAUCACUUGUUGGUAUCGACAUUGGCAAAAAUGAACAGAGGAGUGCAUAGCAAUAUACACAAAAAUAUAUCAGUCUCUGAGUUAAUUAUGCUGGCCGCCAUGUGUAAAAUAGUGAAGCGGUCUGAAAACAAUUGCGAAGACGUGACAUUUGCUGCGGUUUAUCAGGAGUACACGACGUUUGAAAGGCGAAACCAGACGCACAGGAAAAUAGACAAAUCACUAGCGAUGAAUUGUUUCGACUCACUUAUUAUGCUGAGAGUUGUUACACGCAGUGAUUCGAUUUGGCGCUUCGGUGGAAAUAAAGCGGCCCUGAAAGUGUUUCGAAAGUUUCGACUGACUUUGGACGUGACAAAAGUGGAAGAUAUUAUACGCAGGCAUCCUGCUUGUCCAAGUAAUAUUAAAAUAUGGGCAUUGGGAAUCGGUGACGUUUGAGUUGAGUGCCUGAAAGGAACUUUGAUAGAUUCAUCGAUAGAUUAAUUUCUAUGGAAAAUAAGCUUAAGUGAAAGUUUUUUCCUAUUCUGGUUCGAAGUGAAACUUCGUAUUAUAUAAAAAUUGUUUAGCUCCCAAUUAUCUUAGUGACUUCUAAAAAUACCUUGGCUUAAAAAGAGAAUUAGUUUGACGUGAAUCAUAUGAGUUUUUUAGUACAUUGUCAGUAGAGAAUCCUACUAAUAUUUGUCUGAUGUUUUGUAUUUUGAA